AUGUUGAACAUGUCAACCAAAGAUUUGAUGAUGGAAUCCAACAAGAUUCAAAAUCGAAGAUUUAGUGAUGCAUCCACGUCAUCUAACUCGUCAUCUGAUGACAUGGACCUCCAACCACAACCAAUCGCUGAAAGCCGUCGUCGUGAUAGUCUUAUUGAGCAAUUCCGCGAUUUUCUGAGCCGUUCCGUUGAUUUCAGCUUCAAAAUCGAUAAUCCGUUUGAGAAGGAAAUGUACUAA